UCCCAAUCAGCGUGUUCCUUGCUAGGAGGCAGACACACCUCUCAUAUCUUAGGUGGAGCAGAUUAGCUGAAUUUUCGUAGCCAUUUGUUGACUUGCUAAUCCGUGAGAGAGUCGAUUUCGUCACGGGUGACAACCGCAAAAAUUUAGUGUCAAACUGUCCGAGUACAAACGUUGCUGGACAUUGUAAAAAUACUCCCGUUUCGUGCCGAAUCCACAGUUACAGUUGCGAGGUGUAACGUUUUUUAACUGAGUAGUUUGGGGGAGUCGAAGUUUCGACUACGUUCGAGUUCAUUUUCAACACGAACGCCGUUGUCAACAGGACAGUUUCACUAUGCACGAGCGGAGCGGUACUAAGAAAAAAAAUCGGAGAUCAUUCAUGGAUACUAUUAUGCCAACUUAUGCGAUGACAUCUAAAGGCAAAAGUAGAGCAGCAUUGCCGCCUCCUGGUGGCAGACAGUCAGAUGCGCCACCACUCCCAGCUCGCAGGGCGGUACCGCCUCCUCCACAGCCAAAUGCAGCAGAAGAGGAUUCAGACGAAGAUGUCAAUUAUGAAGAACCAUCAUCCCAAACUGAACAGAAUAUACAACAAGAGAUAUAUGAUGACUUUACGGAGGAUACAGACGAAUUUCCCCCACCCCCCUCAUCCCCGCCCCUACCCCCACCCCCCUCUCGUUCAACUCGUCCACUGCCAGUGCCACAGGAAUCACAGGAUCUUUAUGAUGAAUUUGAAAUGGAACAUCCUCCAGAAAUUAAUCCAUACAACCCGUCCAAGCAAGAGGAUCAGGGAGAGAUUUAUGAUGAGUUUGAAGAAGUAGCAACCGAUGAGGUUUAUGCGGACCCUGAUGAAGACAAUGACCCCCCCCCGCCUCCUCCCACUAACUUCCCCAAGACACAUGGGAGUAAAGCACCACCCCUCCCUCCAAUGGGGAACAGACGAGGAUCACAGCCCUUGCCGCCACCCCCUCGGGGGACAAAACAUGAGGAUACUCCCCCUCCUCAAGCAAUUGAAGAUCCAGAUGAUAUCUAUGAUGGUCCAGAUGACAUUGACCAGGAUUUGUACCAAGAAGAAGAUGUCGGUGCGCCACCUCCUCCCCCUCUGCCAAGCAUGAACCGGCCCAAGGUGACCAAGCCGCCCCCGACCCCACAGAGGAAGGAGAAGGAGAAGAAAGCACCUGCCAGUUCUUCGUCCGUGCCCCAGAUUGGUCUGUCUGCCAUCCAGGGUGCUCUUGGAAAGCUGCGGAGGAUCUCGGAUGAUAAGACGGCGGACAACAAAGACACGAAAAAUGAGAAAAACAAAGAUGAAAAGUCAAAAGAUAAAAAACUUGCAGAUGGGAGCAGAUCAGAGGAUUCUAAUAAUAACAACAGUCUAAACGCUGUAUUAAAACCAGUCAAACCAAAACCUGAAAUUCCCAAACUACCUAAUGUGAAAAAAGAAGAGCAAAGCUCUUCUGUUUCCAGCAUUAGCAGUAGAUUUGGAGGCGUUAAGGCAGUGCUUAGCGAUAUGAAUUCGAAGCCAGAUAUUGCAUCCAAACCAAAACCACCCUCUAAAAUGAAAGACAAACAAGAAAGUGGGGUGAAGACUGUCACUCUUCCAAAGCUGACCCCUCCAACCCCUCCGACACCUACUGUCGAGGUCGUCUCACUGAUCCCGAGUUAUGAUGAUGAUGAUGAUGGAGAAAUAUAUGAUGAUGCACAGACUGUAGAUCUGGACCCGUUGUCGAAGUACGAGUGGUAUCAUGGGAAGACAAAUCGUGCAGAUGGGAAUGCAAGACUUAAAGGCGUGGGAAAGGAUGGAACGUUCUUGGUGAGAGUAAGUGAUAAGGACCCAAAGCAGCCAUACACAAUGCAAGUGCUGUUUGAAGACCGGGUCAACAAUCUCAAAGUUCGACUAAGAGAUGACAAACGCUUUGCACUUGGGGAGUCCAAGCCAAAUGAAAUUACAUUCAAAGAUGUGCCUGGUAUAGUCACCCACCACAAAGUACAUCCAGUUCUGCUGAUUGGCACACAACAAGGGGAGAUCACUCUCAGGGAAACACCCAAGAAAAACUAGGACAAUAUGUGAAGGGACAUCACUCUCAUUGCUUCCCGGGUUAAUCUUUACAAAGAAAUUGCAAGCAACUAUAUAAUUGAUCAUCAUGAAGCAACACAAGAAUACAAAUGAUGUUGAACACUAUGUGAUAUGUCAUUAAUGAUCAUGUAUUGAAAGGAAUUGGUCUUUUAAGCUUUAAGACAUAAAUUAGGACAUGUUAAGAAAAAUUUGUUCUGUAAUACAGAUAUGGAAUGGCUUUGAACGAGUUAGGAAGUAUUUAUUGGAGUCCAGUCCUGUUUAUAUUACUUGCAUGUUAUUGCUUGUUGAGUGCUAUUGUUUGUUUUUGUGUGUAAAACAUAUGUAUAUUUGUACUGUGAAGUCCCAGUGAACUUUUUGUUAUGACUGGAUCAAUUGUCAAUCAUGUUUUCACUUAACUCAGAUUGUUAUCAAUGCAAACAUAAUCUCAGUUCAUUAUGAAAACCACAUCCUGGUAGUCACAAUGUCAGUGGAACACAUCAACGCUGGGGAAUAAACAGUUGCGAUUACCUGCUGAAACAGUGGCAUAAAAGUCAAAAUGGUGGUGAAUUUUAUCGUGAAAAUCAUUUUCGAUAUUUUUUGCUGCAUCAUCAAUAUGAUCAUGAUAAGAAGUAAAUACCCAGAAACAUCAACAGGGCAGACUUACCCCAUAUGUUUAACAACUGGUAUGACUCUGUUUUCAUGACACUAUCAACUGUUGUGUAUCGGGGGUGCAUUAAUGAUACGUUUAGAGUCAAUCCAUUGCUGAGAGUAGUUCAGUGGAAAAACAUCAUAAUAUAUUCCAAUUGACAAAUUUCAGACAUUUUACUUCUUAUAAGAAAGUCAAUUUCUGUAAAAUAGAAUAAUUCCUUCAAAUAUUUCAUGAAUUGUCUCUUAAAGGGAGAGGUCAUUGACCGUUAAGAAGCUUUGUUUGUGAAGAGUAGCUUUACCCCCGAGUGUACUCAGCCUCGCUCGCCUUAUUCCGUUUCUGCUCCAGUGACCACACCGGUGUAGGCUUAUCGUGUGACCAGACGUUUCUGCUCCAGUGACCACACCGGUGUAGGCUGAUCGUGUGACCAGACGUUUCUGCUCCAGUGACCACACCGGUGUAGGCUGAUCGUGUGACCAGACGUUUCUGCUCCAGUGACCACACCGGUGUAGGCUGAUCGUGUGACCAGACGUUUCUGCUCCAGUGACCACACCGGUGUAGGCUUAUCGGGUGACCAGACGUUUCUGCUCCAGUGACCACACCGGUGUAGGCUUAUCGGGUGACCAGACUCUUCUCCUGUUUGUAAAUAGUGCACUUAUUCUGAAAUAAGAACAAACAGACCUAAUGCAAGCCUUUUGUUUCGCUAUACAUAUUGUUUUGCAUAAGUAUAUAGAUAUACUACUACAACUGCGACGGUGAGGUGCAUGACAAUAUAGUUUUACACUUCAAAGUGACUGUAUCGCUAGCUCUCCGUUGGGCUUCGUGACAGGACAUGGAGGAUUAAGACGCAAAUGGAAAUGAGUUGUUCACGUUUUAGGAUAUUUCCUCAUUAGAAGUUCAACUUUUCAUGACUUAUGUUUAUGUACAUGUGCACACUCAUCCAAAAUGAAAUAAAUGAAAAACAAAUGAAUGGUCGGUGUAAGAUGUGACGAUGUGACGGGGAACUUGGCUGUCAGCAAGGAACCCUGGGGAGGAGAGUGAUUGGCUUCACACGACCGAGGCAUAUUUAUAUUGUAAUCCAGGCCUUGAUAAACACUGGCUUCUAAUAUUAUCAAGCUGGAAGUUGGUAUUUUGUAACUCAUCCGAAAGACAAACAAAAGCUUUCUCUCCUGUUUGCAUCUAUUUAAACAAAACUGAAGCCAUUUUACUCUGCACAGGGCUAGCUUGCCUUGUCAGUACUGUGCAGAGCUCUAUUUUGGUUUUAUGACGUCACACACAGACAUCAUUUCAUGUACGAUUUAAAAACACAGAACCGUCGAUGUACUGUCCCUAUAAAUGUAUAGACAUCAUUUCAUGUACGAUUUAAAAACA